AUGGACAGAGCUUCGAAGCAGCUGAAAUUUGGUCCGCGGCGGGUUCCAGCCGCGCCUUCCGACUUCGCUGUCGCCCCCACGGCAGCAGCAGCAGCCGUCGCCGCUACCACGCCGACAGCCCGUCCCGUUGAUGCCUCCCGCGCAGCUUCAUACGGGAGCGCCCGGGUGGUCGCUCCGGCGCCUGCGGUCCCUCUUCAGUCGCCACCGCCUUCGGAGCUGAUGGACGUUGACCCCUCAGCCGGGCCGCCUUCCCAAGCGGUGGCUGUGCAGCCUGUACUGCAGCCGCUUUCCUUGGGAACCCCCAAGGAGUCUGACACCGCAGCGCCUUGUCCGGCGCCCACUCAGCAGCCGUCGACGCAGCGUCAGGAGACGCUGCCUCUCUUCGUGGGUCCCGACGCCCCGUCGCGUCCAGUACCAGAAGCUGCGCCCGUGGUCACAGGCGUGCACCCUGACCUCGGUUUUCAGUCGGUGUUUCCCGAGGCCCCGCGCAGCCACUGCUGGGAUUUGGUCCGCGACGGGUUCCAGCCGCGCCUUCCGACUUCGCUGCCGCCCCCAGGGCAGCAGCAGCAGCCGUCGCCGCUACCACGCCGACAGCCCGUCCCGUUGAUGCCUCCCGCGCAGCUUCAUCCGGGAGCGCCCCAGGUGGUCGCUCCGGCGCCUGCGGUCCCUCUUCAGUCGCCACCGCCUUCGGAGCUGAUGGACGUCGACCCCUCAGCCGGGCCGCCUUCCCAAGCGGUGGCUGUGCAGCCUGCCCUGCAGCCGCUUUCCUUGGGCACCCCCAAGGAGUCUGACACCGCAGCGCCUUGUCCGGCGCCCACUCAGCAGCCGUCGACGCAGCGUCAGGAGACGCUGCCUCUCUUCGUGGGUCCCGACGCCCCGUCGCGUCCAGUACCAGAAGCUGCGCCCGUGGUCACAGGCGUGCACCCUGACCUCGGUUUUCAGUCGGUGUUUCCCGAGGCCCCGCGCAGCCACUGCUGGGGUGCGGACCAGGGACUGCCACCGACAACAGUCUCCGCCCCGGCGCCUUCUGUGACUGACUCCCAACCGAGUGCAUCUGUGUCAGAGGACAACGAUCUCGGUAACAGCACCUUCCCACCCUUGCCUCAAAAACCCGUGGCCGGUCACCCCUUAGCCACCGGUGUUGCAUUAUCUGUCGGUAACAAACGACGACGUACUAUAAGUGACGGUAGUGGUUCCGGCGAACAAGUAGUAAAAAAUCAAACCGAUGACGCGGAUCCACGGGCCUCCACACAUGACACGCAUGUGUCGGAUGGCUCAGUUACGACCCGCCAAAUUCCCAUUCAACCGCCCGACGCAGAAACUGUCAAUGCGAGUGCAGCCGAGUGUUUACAGCAAUCCGUUCCGAUGCCGCUUGCCGACUCGCCGCAGGUGUCCAACACGCAAGAGGCGGCAGGCAGUCAACUGCAACUCGUAAACACGGCGGAUGAAGCACGCGGUGUAGAGCAUAACAUAAACAGCCGACACCUCGAAACUGCUUCCAAACAACACGAGGACCCGGACAGCUGCAUACAAACAGCCAGUGCGGCUCCAAACAAACACAGUGAGCCUACUGAAGCCGCGUCUUCGGACUUGCCGUCACCCGUUCCGAAGCAAGGACUUUCACAUACUGCCUACAGCCACGACUCGCCGACUCCGCCGUCUUCAAUGACACUUCGGACGCCUUUGCGACGGCAAAAUAAGGUUAAACCAAAGGACUCCGUGGCUGGAAGUAGCUCAAAAAGUAAAGUCAGCGCAAAAACUGGCACAAAACCUGCGGAUGUAGGUUCGAAGUCCGACGGUGAGAUGGACUGGGCUUCCUACGCUUCCCAUCACCCACAAGUCUCGGACGAUCAUGAGUCAAGCUUAUAA